CUCUCCGAAGGCGGUGGCGGCCAGCAGCCCCGCAACAGCUAUAUGUUCUGCCGCCCGCUUGUCUCGCGAGAAUAUGCAAAUGAGCGUCGCGGGCGCGCGUUGUGUGUGCGCAGCCGGUCGGGGCCUGCAGACGUCUGUGUGUCAGUGAGAGAGGUGUUGGGUGUGGGCCCCGGACUCCGCCGAGACACGGAGGCUGCGGUGUAGAGCGGCCUCGGAGCCCUCCUGUAGGAAACCUCGCGGAAGGCUAGAGGGAGACCGCGGCAGCCAGUCAGGAAGGGAAGGACCCGGGGCUGGGAGGGGGAGGGCAUGAAGAUGGCGGACGCUAAACAGAAGAGGAACGAGCAGCUCAAGCGCUGGAUCGGCUCAGAGACGGACCUGGAGCCGCACGUCAUCAAGCGGAAGAAGACCAAGGUGAAGUUCGACGACGGGGCCGUGUUCCUGGCCGCCUGCUCCAGCGGUGACAGCGAGGAGGUGCUGAAGUUACUGGACCGGGGGGCUGACAUCAACUACGCCAAUGUGGACGGGCUCACCGCCCUGCACCAGGCUUGCAUUGAUGAUAACCUUGAGAUGGUCAAGUUCCUUGUGGAGAAUGGCGCUAGUAUUAAUCAACCAGACAACGAAGGCUGGAUACCAUUGCACGCUGCUUCUUCCUGUGGAUACGUUGACAUAGCAGAAUAUUUAAUUAGUCAAGGAGCAAAUGUGGGGGCAGUGAAUAGUGAAGGCGACACUCCAUUAGACAUUGCCGAGGAAGAGGCGAUGGAAGAACUGCUCCAGAAUGAAGUGAAUCGUCAAGGUAUUGAUGUUGAAGCUGCUAGGAAAGAGGAAGAGAGGAUUAUGCUUCGAGAUGCAAGGCAAUGGCUGAACAGUGGGCAGAUAAAUGAUGUGCGACACACGAAAUCUGGGGGCACCGCUCUGCAUGUAGCAGCUGCAAAAGGUUACACUGAAGUUUUAAAGCUUUUAAUUCAAGCAGGUUAUGAUAUUAAUGUUAAAGAUUAUGAUGGGUGGACGCCACUCCAUGCAGCAGCUCACUGGGGUAAAGAAGAAGCUUGUAGGAUCCUUGUAGAAAAUCUGUGUGAUAUGGAUGCUGUCAACAAAGUGGGUCAAACUGCAUGUGAUGUUGCAGAUGAAGAUAUUUUAGGAUACUUAGAAGAACUUCAGAAGAAACAAAAUUUGCUUCUGAGUGAAAAACAGGAGAAGUCUCCUUUAAUUGAGUCCUCAACUACAGAAAACAAUCAGUCUCUGAAAUCACUGAAGAACAAAGAGACCUUAAUUAUUGAGCAUGAAAAGACCAUUCCAAGCAUUGAGUCACUUGAGCAAGAAAAGGCAGAUGAUGAAGAUGAAGGAAAGAAAGAUGAAUCCAGUUGUUCCAGUGAGGAAGAAGAGGAGGAAGACUCGGAAUCUGAAGCAGAAACUGAUAAAACCAAACCAUCUGCAAAUAAUCUGAACAACAGAUCUCAGAUGACCAAUGUGACUGCCCCUGCCUCAGCUUUACCAUCCGGGCAAGUCACCCCUACAUCACCAGUAAAGAAGUAUGAUUUCAUUGCACCUUUCAUGCCAGUGGUGGAUUCCGCACAACCUAAUUCAUGGAGACAGUGCUUGCGCAGAACUGGCAUUGUCCUUGUGCCAAGUAAAGGUGACAAAUCGAUGUUCCCUACUCCUGCAACCAAAAUCUCUCCUAAGGAAGAAGAAAGGAAGGAUGAAUCUCCAGCCUCCUGGCGUCUAGGACUGCGCAAGACAGGAAGUUAUGGGGCAUUGUCUGAGAUUACUGCAUCCAAAGAAGGUCAAAAAGAGAGGGACUUCACAGGAGUCAUGCGUUCAGCUUCAAGUCCUAGGCUUUCCUCUACUCUAGACAAUAAAGAAAAGGAUAAAGAUCCCAGAGCGACCAGGCUAGCUUAUGUUGCUCCAACAAUACCAAGGCGUCUUGCUAGUACAUCUGACAUAGAGGAAAAAGAGAAUAGAGAGUCCUCUAUUGGGCUGUCGCGUCUUGGUGGGUCCUAUGCAAGAAGAAGAUGGGAUGACGAUCUGAAGAAGAACAGUUCUGUUAAUGAAAUUUUAAAUAGCAGCUAUCAAAGAAGUGGCUCCUUUGGUAGAAGACAAGAUGAUCUCAUAAGCUCUAGUGCUCCAAGUACCACAUCUGGAUCUACACCUACUAUUACCUCUUCUGGGCUAACACGGAGUCUGUCUAACACUUUUACUACUUCAAGGAGUACUAUAGGUUCUUCAGGCUUAUCAAGCAGUACCUCAAACCGUUUAUGGGCAGACGAUAGCUCUGAAAAAGACAAGGAUACUGUCCCUACGGCAGUCACCAAUCCAGUUGCACCAACUGUUGUAAAUCCCACUACUACUUACACAUCUAUGACUACAACUUCCACUGGCACUGUUCCUUUCACAGCGGAGGUCAGGGAAAGACGCAGGUCAUAUCUCACUCCAGUUCGGGAUGAAGAGUCAGAGUCCCAAAGAAAAGCUAGAUCAAGACAAGCCAGACAGUCCAGAAGAUCCACACAAGGUGUGACGUUAACAGACCUCCAGGAAGCCGAGAAAACAAUUGGCAGAAGUCGCCCUCUUCAAACAAAAGAUCAGGAAAGCGAAGAAAAAGAAAAACAAGACAAAGAAAAACAAGAGGAAAAGAAGGAAGCAGAGAUUAAAAAUGAUGAUUACCGCUAUAGAUUUUCUCGCAGCAUGGAGGAGAGAUACAAGCCAUCAUCAACAAGUACUACUGCUGUAUCCUCAUCCACGCCGUCACUGUCGUCAUCCACUAGUUCUUUAUAUUCUUCGAGUUUGUUAAACCGGCCAAGCAGCCUAACUGGACUCUCGUCGUCUUACUCAAACUUAUCAAGGUUUUCAUCAAAAGAGCCAGAGAGAGAUGAGGAUAGAGAGUCUGAAGACAAAUCUCAGUCCAAGUCAAUAAGAGAAAGACGACGGCCCAGGGAGAAAAGGCGAUCUACAGGGGUCUCUUUUUGGACUCAAGAUAGUGAUGAAAAUGAGCCAGAUCAUCAUUCAGAUACAGAGGACGGCCCAAUUAGGAGGGACACCAGGACUGAUCACAUAUCUCGGUAUACAACAGGAAGCACAGGUGCUUUAUCCACUGACCGAUACGAAUCAAAUAUUGGAUCAACCAGUUACUUAGAAAGAUUUAGACCUGGUCAUAGUAGAUUAGACAAAGAUGACUCCACAGACUUUAAAAAGUUAUAUGAACAGAUUAUGGCAGAAAAUGAGAAAUUGAAGGCCCAGCUGCACGACACCAACUUGGAGUUGACAGACCUAAAGUUACAACUUGAAAAAGCAACACAGAGGCAAGAAAGAUUUGCGGACAGAUCACUUUUAGAAAUUGAAAAAAGGGAAAGAAGAGCUCUGGAGAGACGAAUAUCUGAAAUGGAAGAGGAACUUAAAAACCUCCAUCAAGUAAAACAGAUACAGUCUUUGAGACAGUUAAAUGAGCGACUGGUGGCUGAGAAUAGAGCUUUGACCAGAGUGGUUGGCAAGCUCUCAGAGUCCUGUAGACACCUACAGUCUGUGGACUUGUAGUCUCCUUGGCCAGCCAGAUGUUACCCGACCUGAAGGCAGACAACCAGCGGCUAAAGGAUGAAAAUGGAGCCUUAAUCAGAGUUAUAAGCAAGCUUUCCAAAUAAAUGGUUUAUACGGCGGCAGCAGCAGCAAUUAAACGGCAUUGCACACCAGUUACUCCAGUGGACCAUAACAUGGCGGUCACUGGAUAUGCGGGGGGUGGGGUAAACUACUUGGCGACUGCAAAUUUCAAAUAUCCUGCCAAACUCCCUUUUUCUUUUGUACAAAAAAUGUUUGUUUUGUAUUAAAAUGUGGCUGCUGACUAUGAAUGACUAUGAAUUCUUGUUUACAGUUACAUCGUGCAAGGAAAGUGUUCAAGGCCUGACGCCUCCUGUAUCUAACCAGUAAGCCUUAGUUGUACAUAAGCCUUCUGCAAUCCAAAAGCUUUCUGCGAUUACAAAAGACAGUUACUACAUACUUGAUGUUGUGCCACACAUGAGAUCCAUAUAUAUAUUUAAAGAAAAAUCCAUAUUUUUUUUUUUAACUUGUGUAACUCUUUUGAGAUUUUAACUCUGAGUGUGCCAGCUGUUUUCUUCAUGCACUGUUUAUAGGCCGCUUUUUGCAGAAACCGCUGUGGCUUUCUCGAGCCUGAACUGGCGAAGCUUGGCUGGAACAUUUCAGCAGAUGACAGUCCAAAAAUUGACGUAUUGGUUUACAGCACCUAUAACGGCAGCACCAAGGCACCUGUUUUUGUAUUGCUUAUAUUUGACUACUCUUAUUAGUCGGGGCAGUUGCAUUUCUCGUUUGUCUAAUAUCCAUUUCCUCAGCGGAAAUCUAGUUGCCCCUCCUUUUUUUUUUUUUUCCUUUUUUUUUCUUCUAAGAAGGCUUCAAUGAGCUUCUCAGUACUGUAGCUUUCACUAAUUUUAGCAGGUACUGUGUGCGUGUGUAUAUAUUUGUGUGCUUGUGUGUGUAUGUAUAUAUGUGUGUGUGUAUGUAUAUGUGUGUGUGUGUAUGUAUAUGUGUGUGUGUGUGUAUAUACACAUACAUACAUAUACACACAUGGAGAAUCCUUAUUGCGUUUCCAUACCACUGUGUGGCAUGCUCAACUUGGCCUCUCGGCAACGUCUGUUACUCCAGGUUAAAGAUUGUUCCUAAAUAGUGAUCUUAAUAAAACUUGGUCAUUUUAUUGUAUCUUGUCUGUUUUCCGGAGGCGUGACUUCAAUUUAUAGCUGUAAAAAAAAAUCUGAUUAUUUUCUUUAAGUCACAACUAUUAAACGUAUAUUAUUUCACUACAUUUCAUGUUUCUUUUGAGUACUGUCGAUAUCCUUUGUGCUAGCCAGAGUGAAGUCACUAUGUGUAUACUCCUAACAUGCACUCUGUUGUGUAAAUGCACUGUUGCCAUGUCAGAAGGCAUGUCAAUUAAUACCACCGUCAUAUCUAUCCGUUUUCUACAUUUCAGUGGCCUUUUUGCAGAAAGUAACAAAUAUUAUAAAUAUGUAUGUGUAUGCGGCUAAGUGAGUUGAUGAUGCUUUCUCGUUAUUUUUACUUUUGUUAGCUUUUUAUAUAUUUCACUGACCCAUGAACAGUGUAAUACUGGCACAUGAAUCUAAUCCACUGAAAAAGCUUGGUAAUUAAAACAAAACUGUAAAUUGUAAAGCUUGCAGCAGCUAUUGUAUUGUUGACUAUAAUGUAUACUAUAUUAAAUGUGAAUUUGUACCCCUAUAAUUUGCAAAAACAAAAAAAGGUCAUUGUGAUCUACUGCCUAUAUUUUGUGGGUUUUGUUUUCUUUUUGGGUAUCCAAACUUGAUGUCCUCCUGUUGGUUUCUACAUUUUAUGAAGAUACAUAGCCUGUCUUUUACUGCCAAGCUCAGGAUUCUUGACUUUUAAAAGGUACAAAGAUAGUUGUGGGAUUUUGUUAUAUUCAUUUAAUAUGUGUGUGGGGGUGUUAGGGAUUUUGCAUCUUGAGGAUGCAGAAGAGAAAAAAACAAAACCGGGCAGCUGAUGUGGCUGCCGGGAGAUGCAAGUUUAAUUAUUAUGGACUGUACUUGGUAAAGCUUGGGUGUCUGUGAAGAAUGAUGAUAUAUUUCUAAUUUAGUAUUUUAUAUUUAGGUUAUUUAUUCUUUAUCUGAAACAGAUUGGCUACUAUGCUACAUUGAUUUUAUUGGUAGUAUUGAGCAGGCUCUGUAUCUGCAUGAAACUUGUAACAAAACCUAAUCUUUUGGAGAAAAGUGUAUUUUGACAUAUACAAAUAAAAAUGAAUUAAAGUAUUUUCACCGUGUGCAUCAA